AUGUGGAAAAGUUCUGCUGCAGCAUGUCUGCAUGGAGAAUCAGAGUGCUGGCAGUUCUGUGCUUCCUGUGGCAGCCCAGAGGUCAUUGUCAACUUCCUUCUCCUCAGAAUGUUACACUACUGUCAAAGAAUUUUGAUAUGAUUUUGACAUGGACUCCAGGAGAAGGAUCUCCACCAGAUGUGUUGUACACUGUGAGGUAUGAAAGCAAGACACGCAUGGACAAAUGGAUAAAGGUUCCUCAUUGCAGAAAUAUUCACAGUAUCUCUUGCAACCUCACGUGUGUGAUUCCAAACUUCUUCAUUAAAUUCCGGGCUCAAGUAAAAGCCACUUCUGGACAACUCCAUUCACCAUGGGUAAAAUCACAAUUCAAGGAAUACCAUUUAGAUGUGGAACUGGCUCCUCCACUGCUAAACAUGAAUGUAAAGGAGAACGUAAUCCAUGUGAAUGCCACUUUUCCUAUGGCCAGCUGUGUGGAGAGUUUAUCUUGGAUGUAUGACUUCAACUUUUGGGAAGCUGGAUCUGAAGACAAGAAGCAAUACAGAAAUAUCUUUAGGAAGAAGGCAGUGACUAUUGACACCACUGCACUCAGAGGCAAUUACUGCUUGAAUGCCAGAUCCUCCAUUCAAAGCAUUGACUUCAAGCACAGUAAAUUCUCCCAGCCAGUGUGCAUGCUGUUAAACCAUAAAGGGGAAUGGAAGUUCCGCUUUUCCAUCAUGAUCCCUGUCUGUGUCCUCUUCAUCCUUCUGACAAGUGCCUCCACCAUCUGGCUGCUGAAACAAGAUGGAAAGCAUAAGCAGAUGCCUCAAGCUUUGGAUUUAUCGAAUUGUAAAAUUGCUGGCCCAACCUUUUGCUGUGAGCGCAGAGAAAAUGAAUUCCUCAUAGACUGUCUUAUCUGCACAGAUAAGCCAAUGUCACAAGGGAAGAAAAACAAAACUUUAGCACAAAACAACAAACUAUGGAUGGCUUCCUUCCUACCAUCAUCAUCAGAAGAAGAGGAAGAGGAAGAGGAAGAAGACAGUGGUAGUUUCAUCCCAUACACUGAAAUGCUUCAGUUUCCAAUGAGACACUUCAUCUUUCAAACAUCCAGAACAGCUGAUGCAGAAACUAUCUUGGGCUCCACAUCUGGAGGUCUCUUUGUGGAUGGUGGAUCCGCAUUUGACUUAAGCGCCCUCGGUUUCUCUUUCUUUCCCAUGAGAAAGAAUGAGGUGGACUCAGGAUCCCAAGGAAAUGAAAAGGCAUCACGUUCUCACAGUUCCUCUUUGGGAAGAAUAUCACUCACUGAUGUGAGAUUCCCAGGUCCCAGGGAACAUGGACAGCAUGAUACAGACAGCGAUGACUGCCUAGAAGUGAGCCUUCUUCACACACUAGUGAACAAGAGUUGCACCAGGCUUCCAGCUGAUGAACACUGCCUGUAUAGGAAAGAUCAUGAUUUUACCAUAUGUUACCAGAAACCAACACUUGAUCAGCCUGUCCAGGUCAAUGAGAACUCGCUGCUCAACGAGGAUCCCAGCAUGGAGAAACUCAUUUACUUUCAGACAUUACAGGUGGCAGAAGAUGAAGGUAUUGCAAGUGACUGUGACAGUGAUAAUUUCACAGAAGGGACACCUCCUACAUCCAUGGUGCUAAGUGAUGCAUUUAGAACUUCAGAUAUGGAAAAUAGAUAUGAUAAAAAGUUUAAAUUCAAAGGCUAUCAGCACUCACAUUACAUGAGAAGGAGCUAGAGUGUACCUUGCAGUUCUGUGGCAUGCCUGGAAGAUGCUAGAGAGCUAUAGAAAUCCAGGCAAGGAUACCUGGACAAGAACAAGGACAAAUAAUUUAUAGUGCUGUGGAUUGUUUGUGUUUGUUUUUUGAUGUUUUUGUUGUUGUUGUUGUUUUUAAUUUAGAGAUAGAGAUACUAGAUAAGAUUUUUUUUCUACUGAUAUCUGGUCCAUCGAAGAUAUGGCUUUGGGAUACAAAAGGUGUAUUUUUACUGCUAGGUAAUGUACAUUAACUGUGCUUCUGUAGGAAUACAGCUGUGAUAGACAUUAAACUAUGACAUGGGACACCAUCUGAACCCAGCAGGGGUGAGGCAUGCAGUGAUACCUUUGGUAGGUAUCGCAUUGCAAACAUGCAGUGCCUUGUGUUCUCUUGAGCUUUGCCAUCAACCUACAGAGAUCACCUUCUAUGUUUCAAUGGAGUGAACCAAAGUCACAGUGAGAAAUGUGUAGCAUGUUUAUUUAUUUAUUUUGUUUAUUAUACAAAUGUACUUGUUUUUUUUCCCCUGCUGUGCAGGAUGUUUGAGAGAUGCCGUAUGCAGAAGUAAAAUAUUUUC